AUGACUGGUUCAAAUGAUAGUAAUGCUAUGACGUUAGAGUUAUACCGCAAGGCUCUUAAUUUCAAUGUUAUCGGGAGGUACGACCAUAAGAUUAAGCAACUUCUGUUCCACACUCCGCAUGCUUCAGUAUAUAAAUGGGACUCCAAUGAGAGCAAAUGGAAUAAGCUAGAGUACCAGGGAGUAUUAGCGAUAUAUCUUCGAGACAUCACUGAUGGUACAGAUUUCCCCUCAACACAGCAUGAGCAGCAGCAGGAGCUACAUUCAGGCUCUGAGCAGAAGAGUAAUGGGGUUCUUACUGGGCGGGAUAUCUAUAAUUAUGCGCUGAUAGUGUUGAACAGGAUGAAUCCUGACAAUUUUUCUAUUGCAAUUGCACCAAAUAGCGUUGUGAACAAGCGCAAACUGUUUGCACCACAAGACGAUAUUCAGCAGCCGUUGGAACCUAUGGGUGUAGAAGUAAAGGAUGACUUGGUUAUCAUCAAAAAUCUAAGGAAGGAUGUAUAUGGUAUUUGGAUACACACACCUGCUGAUAGACAGAAUAUCUACGAUUUACUGAAAUACCUGUUGGAAAACGAGCCGAAGGAUUCCUUUGCUUAA